CGGAAGUAAUACAGGGGGGGAAGUGUUAAAGCGUCGCCGGGUGACGAUUUUUGGCUGCGCUGGUGCAGGGUGUAAGGAUGGAAGUCACCAGGAGCAAUUUUAAGGAAAAUUUACAGAAAGUUUAUCUAGCGAUUGAAGAGGCAGACUUCUUGGCAAUUGAUGGAGAAUUUUCAGGAAUAAGUGAUGGUCCAUCUGUUAGCACUUUGACGAAUGGUUUUGAUACACCAGAAGAACGGUAUUUGAAGUUGAAAAAGCACUCAAUGGACUUUUUACUAUUUCAGUUUGGUCUAUGCACUUUUAAAUUUGAUAUCACAGAAUCAAAGUACUUAAUGAAAUGCUUCAAUUUUUAUAUUUUCCCAAAGCCUUUCAACAGAAAUUCCCCAGAUAAGAAGUUUGUUUGUCAGAGCUCAAGUAUAGACUUUCUAGCUAACCAGGGUUUUGAUUUUAAUAAAGUUUUUCGUAAUGGAAUUCCGUAUUUAAAUCAAGAAGAGGAAAGACAGCUACGAGAUCAGUAUGAAGACAAACGAUCUCAGUCAAAUGGAGCAAGCACAAUGUCCUAUGUGUCUCCUAAUGCACCAAAAACUCCCGUUAACGUUCCUGAUGAGCAAAAAGGUUUUAUUGAGAAAAUGGUAGAAAAAGUAGAAGAGUUUUUAAAAGAAGAAAGAAAAAGUUUGGAAAUGGAACCUUGCACCGGAUAUCAGCGGAAACUUAUUUAUCAGACAUUGAACUGGAAAUAUCCACGAGGCAUUCAUGUAGAGACGCUGGAGUCAGAGAAGAAAGAGAGGUAUAUUGUGAUCAGCAAGGUGGACGAAGAUGAACGGAAGAAGAUUGAGCAGUUAAAACAAGAAAAAGAGCAGGAAGAGUUAAACGAUGCUGUGGGAUUUUCUCGAAUCAUUCACGCAAUCUCAACCUCUGGUAAACUUGUGGUCGGUCACAACAUGCUACUCGAUGUCAUGCACACAAUACAUCAGUUCUUCUGCCAGCUACCGGAUGACUUAAAUGAAUUUAAAGAAGUAACUAACUGCGUCUUCCCAAGGGUGUUGGAUACCAAGUUAAUGGCCAGUACACAACCAUUUAAGGAAAUUAUUUAUAACACAUCCCUUGCCGAACUGGAAAAGAGAUUAAAAGAGGCUCCGUUCAAACCCCCUAAAGUUGACAGUUCAGAUGGGUUCCCAAGUUACAAUACGGCUACAGAACAAUUGCACGAGGCUGGCUACGAUGCCUACAUCACAGGCCUGUGCUUUAUUUCAAUGGCCAACUAUUUAGGUACGUUCCUGAGCCCCCCAAAGGGCCACAUAUCUGCGCGAUCAAAGAUCAUCCGCCCAUUUUUUAACAAGCUUUUUUUAAUGCGGAUCAUGGACAUUCCAUAUCUAAAUUUGGAAGGUCCAGACUUGCAGCCUAAAAGAGACAAUGUUCUUCAUGUUGCUUUUCCAAAAGAGUGGAAGACAAGUGAUCUCUACCAACUCUUCAGUGCCUUCGGUAAUAUUCAGGUAUCGUGGAUAGAUGACAUAUCGGCGUUCGUAUCACUUAGUCAGCCAGAGCAGGUGCAAAUAGCUGUAAAUACCAGCAAGUAUGCUGAAAGCUACCGGAUCCAGACUUAUGCUGAAUAUAUGGAGAAAAAGAAUGAAGAGAACCGAGCGAAGAGAAAAUGGUCAGAUGAUGGGUGGAGGGAUUUGGAAAGGAAGAGGUUAAAAACACAGUACUCCUCAUAUGUUCCACAAAACAGGGACUUUUAUGUAACCAGUUUUAUUGCUCCAACUUAUGGUGUAAAGAGAAGUAUGAGUCCUAUCCAGGAGGAGACUCAGUCUGAAGAUACUGAAGAUGUGAAACCCCAGGAAGGUCAGGAUGUUUCCUCUGACGCCGGAGCCUCAGACCAGUGGAAGAAAACGAAGAGACAGAAAAAAGACUCUGCGCCAGCAGAAUGCAGUAACACCAGCACCACAACCCUUUUUGAGGUUCCUGACACCUGGUAGCCGUGAUUAUCAAGUUGCCUGAAAAUAAGAUUUGAAAGCCAUACGUUUUAUUUUGUCCAGAAGAUACAGAUGAGUUUUUUGUGUAUGUGGUUCUUCUCACAUCCUCUGUACAAACUCCUCUAAUCCCAGCAGAUCAUCGCUCAAGAAAAGCACAAAUUGUUAGUAAAUAUAGCUGUAUUUAUUAAAUAUCAAACAUUUAAAUAUUGUGGAUUAAGAUAAUCCCUCUAGUUUAUUCUCUUCUAUCUCACAAUCUUGAAAUCCAUUUAGGCAAAGGUUGAGUGUUUCUGAAGAGCUUUAAAGAACAUUGUAAACCAACUCUGUGCUUCAUGUGUUUGGACUGAAUUUUCAUAGUCUCUUCUAAGCUACUAGUAAAUAAUGUUUUUUUUGUUUUUUCAAGACAUCCUGGGGGAUUUCAGUCACUUCAAGUGUGAAUUCAGCUGUAUGUCUCAUCAUUUUCUCAUUGCCUAGACAUAUCAAUGGAACAUGAUUCACAAUGCUGAGUCUUAUGACUACGUUCUACAUAACUUUUACUCUAGAAGGGCCUAAUUUAGGAGUGUUUAAUAUUUACCACAUUGCUACUAGUGGAGUUGUCAUUUUUGGCAAGGAGUGUGUUAAUCUAAGAUAAUACAAACAUAGCCUUGUAAAUACUCUAUUUUGGGGCAUUUCUACACGUGUCUGAACCACUGAAGCACAAAUAUUAAAUGUAAAAACGAGUGCUACACAGGCAUGCUACAAAAUAAAAUGUAUAUAUUUUAAAAUGCAUAAAUGUUAACUUAUUUAUGCCCUUGUAAAGGUGGCUCCUAGAUUAAACCGUGCUGGAAGAAAUUCUCGGCUUCCAUAGUUUUUAAGGUCCUUGAAACUUAUGUUAUGGCAUUUCUAUUAUUAAAGGGAUCGCGCUUGCUGGAUAACCCAAAAUAGACGGACUCCAUUUAUAAUUUAAUACAAAUCUCAUAAGAAAAUAUUUUUUAUCUGUACAUGUUUCCAAUGUCUUGUUUUAUCGUGGUCCGUUUGUAUGUGUCAACUAGUUUAGUUGUUUGCAGUGCAUUCUUUGUGUUUCGGGUCGCCUAAGUUGUUUGGUCACAAAACAUCACUUGUAUUCUACACAAGAACGGGACUUUAUUUUCUUGUAUUCAAGAUCUGUCAUUUUUUUUUUCGUGCUCACUGUUGCCUACACCAUGUGAUAAAUCUCACUUCGACUUACCGGUGUAGCCAUGGAAACUUCACAUUUUGCUAAACUUGCCUUGUAAAUUUUGUCCUGUUAAAAAAGAAAAAAAAAAGGAAAAAUAAUUUUGAUUAUUUUAUGUGUUCUGGUUUUUAUAAACAUAUUGGUUCAUUUUCAGUGUGAGCGUUCAUGUGCUAGACAGGAGUAUAGAAAGAAAACCAAGGUUUAAAAUGAAUUAAACACCUUAAUUAUAAAGUAUUUUUGUGUAAAAGGAUUGCCUGUAUAAGAAAAAACUAACACCAGUUGUACAUUUUUGAUUAAAUGUAAGCUUAUAUUGACAGAUUAUUCCAGAAACUUUUUUUUGUAUUGUGGAAACUUCUUGUGUAUUUCCAUAAAAUGAAAUUAAAGAAAAUUUUGUAUAAA